GCCCGCGUCAUGGGAAGCGGUCGCACCACACAGAGAGCUCGAGAGCUGCUCUCAGCGUGUCGAAUACGUAGGAGCCCACACCUUCCAGCUAGGACGGGUACCAUACAUGACGGAACACCAAUACGCCAUCAAGACGCCAUACUAUCUCGGUAGCAACCCGUAUUCUUACCCCGUCGUACGUUUCCUUGCUGUUCUGCACCAGCUGGCCCGCCCUCCCUUUCCCUCGCGCAACAAACUACUACUACUCUCCCCCUCCCCUCACACUGCGCUCCCUCCCUCUCUCAUACUACUGCUACUACUGCGACUGCUACUACCAACUGCCUCCCAUACAAAAUUAUUACUGCACAUCCGCACCGGUGAGAAGCUCCCCCCCCAAGUAAACAUCAUACUGCUAUUCAAACACCUUGACACUCAACCACCCACCACCCUGCCAUUUUCUUUUUUUUCCCUCUCCUUUGAUUGUCUCUCCGCAAUCUUCUUCUGCCCGGCGCUUUUUGCUAUGUUCGCCGCGCGACCUCGCUGUCGCGCUUCCCUAUGCGCGCGCUGCAAUACCGCGUAUACUUCCGCGAUCAGAUGAGACUGAAUCGACGUCUUCUAUUUCCUCUCCUCCACAGACCUUUUUUUUUGCCUUUUUCUUGGUCGCUCUUCCCCGGUCGCACGCGUGUUUUUGUUUUUUUUUUUUUUCCUUGCUCGCUUUCACUCUCCUUUGAGAGUCAUUCGGUUGUCUUUGUCCCUCGACAACUGCUCUGACCGCGACUCGCUGCUUGUUUGGGGGCCUGCGCAACGGCCGCCUACGCGCUCCUUCUUUCUGAUCCGAUUGUCUUUCACACCACCACGACUUAUAUUAUCCUGUUUUAUCUGCUCUGAGAACCAAUUCCAGAUAACGCAAACAAAACUAACAGCCAAACAGCCAACAUGCCCAAGGAAAA